AAAUAAAAGGAAGUUCAUUGAUGCAGUUAGACAUAAUAUCUUAUAACAUCUUGAGCGGCAUUAAGAGAAAAACAGUGCUUUAGAUUGCAGUCUCAAGAUACAACUGACACCUGAGAUUCUUCACACACACACAGACAAAGGAUAGGAACCUUUGCUGACACUUUCAUUUCUGAUGAAUAAAAAAACUCAUCUGUAUCUUAGAUGGUCUGAAGGACUCUCCAUUGACCUUACAAUGGAAAGCCAAGGUACUAAAAGAAAACGAGAUCAUGAAUCAUCUGACUCGAGUAUAGAGACACCACUGACAACAGAUAUGAUCAUAGAGAAUGCAAGGCAAAUUCUGCAAAGAGUCAGUGACCCAGAUCAAAUCGAUAAAGGCAGCAGGAAGAAGGCAACCAUAGGGAUUUUUGGAAAAUCAGGAGAAGGAAAGAGCUCCCUUUUAAGUGCAAUCUUGGGGAAACAGGAACUUUUACCAUCUGGUUGUUUUGGUGCCUGUACAGCUGUUGUUACUCAGGUGGAAGCAAAUCUGACUGACUCCAACUACACAGCAGAGAUUGAAUUCUUCUCUGAAAAGGAGUGGGAAAAAGAGCUCAAAGAUCUUUUCAGAUAUUUAAAAGAUGACAGUGAGGGCAGGAAUGAGGACUUGGUUGAUAUUGCUGUAGAAAAGAUCACUGCGCUGUAUGGAGAUGAUGCAGACCAGAAAACAUUAGAAGAGCUCCAGAAUGAUGAAAAAUUUGCUGAAAUUGAAACCUCUUUGUCUACCAGUAAGAAAAUAAUCUCAAACAGUAAACUCUCUGAAUUUACCAAUGAUAUUGCAAGUUUCAUACAACACAGUCAGUCAAGUUCUGGUGACUGGUACUGGCCGCUUGUAAAGAGCGUGACGAUCAAAAUUCCAGACUGUCGUGAACUCCUGGAACACAUUAUACUUCUUGAUCUUCCUGGGACUGGAGACUGCAACAAGACUAGAGAUGACCUGUGGAAAUCUAAAUUGUCAGAGUGCUCUUCUGUGUGGAUUGUAAGUAAUAUCAAUCGAGCGAUCACUGACAGAGACCCCUGGGGGAUAUUAAAGCACUGCAUUGAAGAACUGGGACCAGGAGGAAAAUGCAAAAGCAUCAACUUUGUCUGUACAAAGACUGAUGAUAUCAAUCCAGAAGCGUAUAUGAGAUCUGCACGACUUUCAAGAGACCAAAUCCCAGAUGACAAGGAUAAAAAAAAAACAUGCAUACUUCACAGAAAUCAACAUGCCAAGACAAGGGUCGAAGAAAAGUUUAAAAAUUCUGAAAUCAAGGAAAUAUUCACUAAAAACACUGACAAUCAGUUUCAAGUUUUUACUGUAAGUUCCAAUGCUUUCUUUGACCACAGUUUAAAUCUGGAAUCAAGUGAAACAGAAAUCCCAAAGCUGCAGGAUGAUUUGAGGAAUCUUAACAAGAGCAUUAACAGAGAAAUGACCAGAGAUUAUGUCAGUAAAGCAAAGGGACAUUUGUCCUUGAUGCAAAGUGGCCAGCUGGAUAAAGACAACAAAACAAUUGAAAUGAAAGUCAGCGAAUUUCAGGAGAAUCUAAAGAAGUCACUAACUGAACUGGACAAAUAUUUUGACAGCAUUUAUAAUGAUUUGGAGCAGCAUCUCUCAAAGGGAGUGAAAGAGUCAGUGAACUCAUGUGUUGAUUCCACAAAGAAAUUGAUAGCAUCUAAUACAAAUGGAAGGGGGUUCCAUAAAAUCCUUGGAGCUUUGUGCAAGAACUACGGAUGCUAUUGGUCAAAAAAUUGGGAUGUAGUUCUAGACCUGAACAAGACAUUGGCCAAAGAUUUACAAAAAAACAUUCAUGAUGAAUUCUGUAAGAUUUUUCCUGUGACUGGAAAAACAGGGAAGUCAGUGCAGGAACAGAUUGAUAAGUUCAGUAUCAUCCAGAGUGACUCUGCUUACCCCAGCUCUGACAAACUACAUCACAUUCAAAACUUCAUCAAAAUCGAGGAAAUCAAACUGAAGACAGCACUCAACAGAGACAUUGUUGACAGGAAGAAGGAAAUCUACUCAUCAAUACAAAUAACAAUUGUGAAAGAAAUGGCUUCUUGCUAUCAGCAGGCUGCAGCUAUAAAAGGAACAGGAUCCAUGAAGAAAAUGCAAGACCUGUUAAUAGCCACAGUUGAUGAGAAAAAACAAGACAUGUUCAACAAUGCAAAAAUGGAAGCGCUAAACAGUUUUAAUAACUUGAAGCUGGACAUAAAGAGUGCUCUUGAAAAUGAACUACAGGAAGCAAUAGAACGCUCACAAUCACAAACCAGCGAAAGGACACGGAAGGAUUUCUCCAGAGAGAUUGAAGAGCUUGAGAGACUUCUACAGCAACUGUCUGACUGAUGCUUACCAAGCAAGGGAAACGUCUUGGGUUAUGCAUGUAACCACAGUUUCCCCGAUAUGGGAUGAGACACUGCGUCUCUUAGGGAACACACUGGGGAAUGCUGCCAGCAUGACCGAUGUCUGAAGUGUUUCAUGUUUGAAACAACGUCAAUCCUAUUGGUCCACAUGGCCUGUGAUGCCAUAGGCAGGUGCCUGGAAGAAUAAAAGGGCACCUGCUCAAUAUGUCACCAACUUAUUUGUCUAAAGGAGAUGUAAACUGGCAGGCCGAAGGCAUGGUGAGGGAAUGCACUGUAAAGUUCCCUAGAAGGGGAACGUCUUGGAUUACACAUGUAACUAUGGUUCCUUGAAAGGGGAAGAGACUAGGGCUGCAUGAUAAAUUGCAUGCGAUAUCCAUGCGCAUUUUGUCAGUAAAGCCGGUUCUGUAAUCAGCAGUAAAUCUCCAGCACAUUCAUGCUUUCUGAUAGAGUAGCAUUUAAUAUACAGAGCCGACAAGCUACUCAAAACCACACAGACGAUAUCAUUAAUAUUAUACACUGAAAUUAUCAAAUCGUGCUGUGCUAAUAAAGUUACUUGUGUGGCUUCUCAGUGAACUACGGCUGUGUAGUAACGUAAAUGCUGCUACUCUGAAAGCACUUGAAAAUAACAAAUUUAAUAACAUGUUUUUACUUCAAACUCACUUCAUAACUUCAGUUGAGUGAUUGAAAAAAAAGAUGAGGUGGCUUCUUACACAGAAUAAGGCAAUCAGUGUAUUUUAUAGCAUUCUAAGCAGUAAUAAAAUCAAUGUUGAAUAGCAUUGCAUUGUUAUAUACUAUAUUAUAAUGAAAAUUAUAAUAAGAACUCAGAUAAACCACAUAUUGCCAUAGUCGUGUGAUUAUUAGUCAUGCUGAAUCAAUGAAAGCCGUUAAAUCUUCUGUUUAUUCGGCUGCAGCGAUCGUUAUUUCCUGGAUUUCUUCUUCGGGGCGUAUUUGGAGUUUCCGCGUGAGAGCGCCCUUUGACCUUUGCAUGGCGAUUUACUACUAAUCACAGAACCGUGCUUCACUGAUAAGAUGCACGCAUGAAUAUCGCAGCCUUUUCUAAUAUCGAUUGUGAUGCUAUCGCAAUUUAUCGUGCAGCCCUAAAUGAGACGUCCCCUUCCGGAGACGUAUGACAUCACAGGCCACGUGUUUCACAUGUGCUUCAGACACCAGUCAUUCUGGCAGCAUUCCCCAGUGUGUCCCCUAGGGGACACAGCGUUAAGUUCCCUAAGGGGAACAGUGCAAAUCACAAAAGAAACAUAACAAUUGUGCAACAUGUCACAUUUUCAGUCAAUGUUUUACAACAAAUAUUUUUUUUACUCAAAUGUAUUUCUAUUUCUUAAGUUCAUUUUCAUAAAAUUUCUGAACUUUGGGUUUUAUUUUAGGAUUUCAUGAUACCCAAACUGUACUGAUUUGUUGUUUUUUUUUAUAACCGUUUUAUAGCAAUACACGGAAAUUACAUUAAAAAAAAUGUAGCUGUCUAAUUUUCAAGAAACAUAAAACAAUUUAUACAUUUACUGUAUAGACUGGAAUGUAACUGCAAAUUUUUUUCUAAAACAUAUGCAGUAGUAACAGUCAAGACAGGCUGUCAGGAUAUUUCUAAUUUCUUGAUGUAUUUACAGUGUUAGAAAAGCUUUAAGCAUAUAAGUCAGAAUAAAGAUAUUUUUUUCCUGCCUA